AUGUCGACCCCGCACCAGCCGCGGUUCACCUCCUCGCGUCGCCUUGCGCCCCCCAGCUCCGCCAUCCCCGAUCCUCUGCCGCCCCCCCGAUGCCGCUCCCGCGGCCUGCGCAAUCUCCCCCGCGGUCUGCGCAGUCUCCCCCUCCCCCUCCCCUUCCCCCUCCUGCUGCUGCUGCUCGUCGCGCUGCUCCCCCACGCGCCCGUCACGGCGGGCCUGCUGCGCCUCAAGUCGCCGCAGCAGCUCACCUACUCCUUCGCCUCCACCGAUGCCGACUUCGGCCCCGUCAUUCCUUUCAGCGGCCUCUGGGGGAGGUUGUAUCCGACGGUACCCGCAAACGCAUGCCAGCCGAUUCAGAACCGCGUGCCGCCCGGCACCGUCCAGUUCGCGCUGAUUGCGCGCGGAGACUGCUCGUUCGGGCGGAAGGUGCAGAACGCGCAGUUUGCGGGGUACGCUGCUGCGGUGGUGUACAAUAACGAAUCCAAACAAGACCUCGCUAUAAUGACGGAGAACCAGCGCAUGGGCAUCAUGAUUCCCUCCGCCUUCAUCUCUCUCGAAGACGCAACCACCGUUCUCUCGGUCAUCCAGCCCUACCCCGACACCAUAACCAUCCUCUACCCCUCCCAACCCUACUACACCACCUCCGCCUACUCCUGGUCCUUUAUCAUCUGGAUCUCCUCCCUCCUCGCUAUAGGCAUAAUGCUCCUCGCGUUUCUCUGCGUGUGCCGGUAUAGGAUUAGGAAUGCUGUGGCGGGGGCGGCGGCGGCUGCGGGGGUUAGUCCGGCUUUUCUGCCUAUUCAGCUGACCGCCUCGCCGGAUAAGAUGACUCUGGAGGAGGUUAUGGCUCUGCCCGAGAAAACGUUUCUGGGGCUGCCGAGCCUCAAACGGGCAGAGGCUGAAAAGAAGGACAGCAGCAGCAACAAGGGGGAUAAAAUUGAAGGGGUUGAAAAGGAGAAGGCUGACAGGAAGGAAGGUGCUGAAAUGGCAAAAGGAGGUGCAGAGAGUGACUGUAACGAGCUGGGGAGCGGUCAGGAGAAGCUCAAGGGAAAGCAUCAGGUGGAUGUUGUUAUAGUGAGCGAAGGGCGAAGGCCCUCGUGUGACUAUAUCCAACGGGGGGAUGUGGAGCUGAGUCGACAAAGCAGUGUUCGGAGCAGAGUUUCGUUCCGUGAUGUGGAGGAGGGAGCGGGGCAGGAGGAGGAGGAUGGGGAGGAGGUGAUCUACAGAAGCACGUGGGAGACGUGUGCGAUCUGCCUGGAGGACUAUGAGCGUGGCGACCGGCUGAGAGUGCUGCCGUGCAGUCACGAGUUCCACACUGAGUGUGUGGACGAGUGGCUUACAACCCGGCAGCCCUUCUGCCCUGUCUGCAAGCGCAUCGCUCGAGCCCCAAAGAAAACCCCAGAAGCAGAGGCGACUGCCUUAUCUGCCUCCUCCUCGGCAUCCUCGUCGACGAAUGAUUUGGAAAUGGCAAGUGAUUUCCAGCUCUUGUCACAUGUAUCUUCGGAAUCCACCAUCCCAGGGGCGAGUGUUCAUGGGCCGAGCGUUGGGCCUCAAGCGCAAGAUGCUGUAUUGCAGAUUCGGGAAGGCCAACAGGAGCAGGACAAUACAACAAUAAACAUACCAGAACUCCAAGCCAGUGCUCAACCACUUGUUGCUGCACAUUAUGUCGCGGCGUACGCUGCAUUCCCGCAGCACCGCACGGUAAUCGUCGCGGUUAGUGCGGUCGGGAGUCUGGUGCGAGGCGGCAAGAAGAAGGGGAAGGUCGUGAAGCAUAAGUCGUUUGUCGCUGGCGACCCCGAUCGUGGCGUGAAGCUUGAAUGGAGCGACAUCACGUGCCAGCUUCUCAAUAAGAAGGGAGAAGGGGUGAAGAAGCUGUUGGAUGGGCUAAAUGGCAGCGCGAGGCCCGGUCGCCUGCUGGCAAUCAUGGGACCAUCGGGGUCCGGCAAGACUACGCUGCUCAACACCCUGGCCGGCCAGCUGCCUAAGAGCAGCAAGAUUGCGCUCUACGGAUCCAUCCGCGCUAAUGGCAUCCCCAUUGCCGAUUCGUGGCACAAGCAGGUGUACGUCCGUCAAGAGGACAUUUUCUUCUCGCAGCUGACGGUGCGGGAGACGCUGGUGACGGCGGCGAAGCUGCAGCUGCCGUCGUCCAUGUCGGACGCGGAGAAGGAGCAGCACGUGGAGGAGCUGCUGCAGCACCUGGGCCUGGUGAACGCGGCGGGCACGAUAGUGGGCGACAACAAGACGCGCGGCAUCAGCGGCGGCGAGAAGAAGCGGCUGUCCAUUGCGUGCGAGCUGCUGGGUAAUCCAUCCGUGGUGUUUGCAGACGAGCCCACGACAGGGCUGGACGCGUACCAGGCGGAGAAGGUCAUGCAGACGCUGAAAGACCUCGCCAAGGAGGGCCGCACUGUUAUCUGCAGUAUCCAUCAGCCACGUGGCAGCGUGUUUGACAUGUUUGAUGACAUCAUGGUGGUUGCGGGCGGCAAGCUCAUCUACUCUGGGCCGGCAGGGGACACUUGUCUUGAGUAUUUCAAGAAUCAGGGGCACGAGUGCCCGCUGCACUCCAACCCAGCAGAGUUCCUCUCAGACCUGGUCGGCACUGACCAUUCCUCUCCAGACACCGAGGCCCAGUCCGCCGCCCGCAUCAACCGCCUCAUCCAAGCCUUCGCCGCCCACUCCGCCGCCCAGGCCGACAGCAGCGCCGCCCUGGCCGUCUCCUCUGCCCUCCAAGCAAGCCUGGGGGACAGUGAUGAGGAGGAGGGGGAGGGGGAGGGGGAAGGGGGGAAGGGGCAGAAGAGAAAGAAGACCCUCGGGCUGUCCGCAGCCAAGGCAGAUGCCGACGGGGCAGGGUUCUGGCAGCAGUUCAAAAUCCUCCUAGUCCGAGCCUGGCGCCAAACCACUCGCGACCGCGCCACCAACGUGGUCCGAGCAAUGAUGAACCUCACCUCUGCAGCCAUCUUCGGGUCCAUCUUCUGGCGCAUGGGCUUCGGGCAAACCACCAUCCAGGACCGCAUGGGACUCCUCCAAGUCGCGGCGAUCAACACGGCCAUGGCUUCCAUUACCAAGACGCUGAAUGUGUUUCCCAAGGAGCGGCAGAUUGUGGAGAGGGAGCGAGCCAAGGGCGCGUAUGCGGUGGGGCCGUAUUUUCUGUCCAAGCUCGUGGCUGAGCUGCCUGUGACGGCGUUUUUCCCUGCACUGUUCUCGGUGGUGUGCUACCCCAUGACCGGUCUGCACCGCACUAUACCCAGGUUUCUCAAGUUCAUGGGAGCCACAACAGUUGAGUCCUUCACAUCAUCAGCCAUGGGCCUCACAGUGGGGUGCAUCGCCCCCACGGUCGAAGCAGCCAUGGCGCUCGGCCCCUCCAUAAUGACGGUCUUCAUCGUCUUUGGAGGGUACUACGUCAACCCCGACAACACGCCUGUCAUCUUCCGCUGGAUCCCCAACACCUCCCUCAUCCGCUGGGGUUUCGAGGCACUGUGUGUGAAUGAGUUUGACGGGCUGACAUUCGAGGCCUCCAAACCCACGGACCUGAGCACGGGAAAGCAGGUGUUGGAGCGCCUUUCUUUCUCCGAUAGCUCCGUGGCCAAAUCAGUGCGCAAGGAGGUCCAGAUCAUGCUCGGCUGGUACUGGGCUUCGGCCUACCUGCUCCAGAAGAAAAACCCUGAGUUUACUAAGCUGCUGCCGGUGUCUAAGCUGCAGGGGAAGGUGGGAGGGACUGAGUCUGGUAAGGAGGGGGCUUGUGUGAAGAGCAGUGUGGUUAUAGAGGAGGUGAUUGAAGCGAAGGAGGAGAGUGUGGCGGCGACGGAACAGGUGACAACAGAGACGACUACCACUACCACCACCACCACGAGCAGCACCACGAUCACGACUGCUACCACCACUGCUGCCACCACUGCUGCCACUGUCGUUACUGAGUCGGCCAGUGUGGUGGUUGAAACCACCGAAGAGGAAUUUGUCGAGGCUGAAUCAUAG